GAUGGCGGCGUCCAUGGCGGGGCGGGCGGUGGCCUGGGGGGCCCGCGCGGUGCUCGGGGGGCGGCGGAGCCGCCUCGGUCCCGGGACCCCCCAGCAGGGACCCCCCGGGAACGCCCAACCGCGACCCCCCGCGGCCCCCCGCCGCGCCCUCAGCGGCCCCGACACCGCGACCGUGCUGCGGGAGCGGCUGCGGCAGCACCAGGUGUCCGAGGGCCCCCCCGGCCCCCCCGAGGACGAGGACCCCCGGCGGGGGGGGCUGCGGCGCCUGGCCCUGCGCCUGGGGGGGCUCCUGGCGGCCUCCGGGGGGGUGGCCGUGCUCUACGUGUUCGGCAGCAACGCGGUGGACGAGCACGGGGCCAAGAUCCCAGAUGAGUUUGACAGCGACCCCUUUGGGAUCCGGCACCUCCGACGGACCUACAAGUACUUCAAGGACUACAGGCAGAUGAUCAUCGAGCCCACGAGCCCGAAGCUGCUGCCGGACCCGCUGAAGGAGCCCUAUUACCAACCCCCCUACACGCUGGUCAUCGAGCUCACGGGGGUCCUGCUGCACCCUGAGUGGUCUCUGGUGACGGGCUGGAGGUUCAAGAAGCGCCCGGGCAUCGAGCACCUUCUGCAGCAGCUGGCGCCGCUCUACGAGAUCGUCGUGUUCACCUCUGAGACCGGCAUGACAGCCUUCCCCCUCAUUGACAGCAUCGACCCCCACGGCUUCGUGUCCUACCGGCUGUUCCGCGACGCCACGCGCUACAUGGAGGGGCACCACGUCAAGGACAUCUCGUGCCUGAACAGGGACCCCGCGCGCGUGGUGGUCGUGGAUUGCAGGCGGGAGUCGUUCCGGCUGCAGCCCCACAACGGGCUGGGGCUGCCCCGCUGGGACGGGGCCUCCGAGGACAGGGCCCUCUACGACCUGGCCGCCUUCCUCAAGACCAUCGCCCUGAGCGGGGUCGAGGACGUGCGGACGGUUCUGGCCAACUACGCCCUGGAGGAGGAUCCUUUGGCAGCUUUCCAGCGGCGCAGGACCCUCCUCGAGGAGGAGGAGCAGCAGCGCCGGGCCGAGCUGGCCCAGGGCAAGAAGCCCCCUGGGGUCUUCCUGGGGUCCCUCACCGGGAGGAUUUGGCCGCGCUCCAAGCAGCAGUGACGUCACCUGUGACGUCAUUGUGAUGUCAUUGUGAUGUCAUCGGAUGGGGGGGCACCCAGGAAAUCCCCCCCCGCCCUUUUAUCUGCCCGCCCUCCCCCAAAAUUCACAGGAAUGCCGGAGCACCCCCUCCAUCCCCCGGCUGCUGGAGCCCCGGGCCU